AUGGCAGCUCAUCGUGCCGAUGCCAGCUCCUUCCUCGAUAACCGUGGCUACAAGGGCCCUCUCAUCCGUGGCGUCAACCCCGCGACGCUCUUUGAGAAAGCUGUGCGCGACCGCAUCACCGACUCAUACUACUGGAAGGAACAGUGCUUCGGUUUGAACGCAGCGACUCUAUGUGAUCGUGCAGUCGAAUUGACCUCUAUCGGUGGGACAUACGGGGUAUCUGAGAAACCCACCCCCUUCCUUUGCCUCGCAUUCAAGCUCCUUCAGCUCGGGCCUGACCGAGACGUCAUUCUCGAGCUACUCAAUUACACCGACCCCGGCAGUGGUGACGAGGCAGAAAAUCCAGAUGAUGCUCUCGUCAAGGAUCGAGGCGACUUUAAAUACCUCCGCGCUCUCGCGGCAUUCUACGUGCGACUGACUUUCGACCCGGUCGACGUCUACAAAACCCUGGAGCCACUACUUCUUGAUUACCGGAAACUGAAGCGACGGGUGCGCGACAAUUUCACGCUUACCUACAUGGAUCAGUUUGUCGAUGAUCUUCUCACAAAAGACCGUGUCUGUGGUACCAGUCUCUGGAAGCUGCCGCCGCGAUCACAACUGGAGGACUUGGAUUUGCUGGAUGAGCGAAUCAGUCCUUGUGAGCCAGAAGACUGA